CACCGUGCAGGGGCCGGGAUGCAGCGAGCGGCGCUGAGGGCGGCGGCGGCCGCGCGGCCCGUCCCGUGCCGCUGGUUCCGCGGCCCCGUCCCGCUGCUGGCAGUAACGGCGGCGGAUAAAGAAGCGCUGCUGCGGCUGCGGCGGAACACCGGGCUGCCGUUCACACAGUGCCGCGAGGCCCUGCAGCGCUGCGCGGGGGACCUGGAGCAGGCCGAGGCGUGGCUGCAGGCUGAGGCCCAGCGGCGGGGCUGGAGCCGCUCCGGGACGCUGCGGAGCCGCCGGGCACGGGAGGGGCUGGUGGGGCUGCUGCGGGACGGAGCCGCCGCUGUCAUGGUGGAGGUGAACUGUGAGACAGAUUUUGUGGCCAGGACCCCCCAGUUCCAGCAGCUGGUGGAGAGAGUGGUGCUGGGCACCAUGGCCCAGUGCAGGGCCAGCCCCCCUCGUGGGGAUAAGUAUCUGCUGCAGGAGGAGGAGUUGGGGCAGCUCCGGACCAGCCCUGGGGGGGAACUGCUCAGUGACCACUUUGCACUGGCCAUGGGGCAGCUGGGGGAGAAGCUGGCCCUGCGCCGGGCGGCCUGGCUGCAGGUACCCGAGGCCACCGGCCACAUCGGGGCUUAUGCCCACGGCUCCUUGGCUGCCCCUGGGCCUGUGGCCAUGGGCACCUACGGGGCACUGGUGGCUUGUGAAGUGACAGAACCUGCCUUGCCAGCACCUCAACUGGAAGCACUGGGGAAGAAAGUGGCUCAGCACGUGGUGGGAAUGGCCCCCACAACCCUGGGCAGCCCAGAGGAUCAGCCCCAGGGGGAGCACGAGAAGAGGCUCCUGGCACAGAGCUUCCUGCUGGCACCUGACAUGACCCUGGGGCAGUUCCUGGCAGCUCAGGGUGGGCUCAGGGUCAGGGACUUCCUGCGCUUCCAGUGUGGCCACGAGGAGGAGGGAGAGGGGCAAUGAGCCUGGGGGAGGGGCACUGGCCCAGACUGGCCCCACAGCCUGUGGCCACCUCAGCCCCAUGGCCAGUUUGGCCCCACAGCUCGUGGCCACCUCAGCCCCCAUGGCACGUGGCUAUCUUGGUCCUGUGGCCACUUUGGCCCCACAGCCUGUGGUCACUUCAGUCCUGGGGCCACCUUCACCCUGUGACCACCUCAGCCCCAAAUGCCAGGUCCACCUCAGCCCCACCAGGGCAAGUUUGGCCCCACAACCUGUGGCCACCUCAACCCUGUGGCCCACAGCCCACUCCUGGCCACCUCAGCCCCGGGGCCAGUGGCCACUUUAGCCCCAUAGCCCAUGGCCACCUCAGCCCUAUGGCCAGUGGUCAACUCAGGGUCCAGCUCAGCCCCUGCCACACCGAGGGGCGGUCUGUGGGGGUUUGAGGGGGGGCUGUGUGUGUGACCCCCCACCAUGCGUUGGGGGGGGCUGAGACAGAAUAAAGGCACAGAGGAACCUG